ACACCGAUACAAAGAUUCCAUUGAGUAGUUUAGUUGAUGUCGUCACAAAACCAAAACCUAAACGUUCGACACAUAACUACAUAUCAUACAGACAAUCCCGAGGUGCAGAAGAUAAUGUCUCUUCCGUUGAGAGGCAAAAUUAAGCUGAUAGAAAAUCUACGAGAACGUGGAAAUCAUCUGUUCUACGCUCUGCGUAACUGCGUGACUUCUGUCAAAUCAAUUAAAAAAUUUAAUUCGUUGGAAUAUUUUCGUUGUAAAUAUUGCCUGCAAUACUACAGGCCAGCCUACUUUCAAAGACAUAUUGCUAUGAAUCAUGUGACGCGCAGUGCUUUCAAGGUAGGUCAUAAAGUUUAUCAUCAAAACAUUCUUGUUGGUCAUCGGGCCAUCGACAGCAACCCUAAAAGUGUUGUUUUUCCUAAAAAUUCAAUUGACUUUUGUUCUCUAAUUGCUCAACGAGAUCCUCUCAUUUGGAAGUACGGACGGUACUAUAUGAAUCAUAAUCAAAAAGACGAAUUCAUUUGUAAUCAACAAAUGAGACAUCUGGCCAGGCUGUUGAUAGAAAUGCAAAAACGAAAUUCUGCAGUUAAAAAUUUAAAAGACGCACUUUAUCCAAAAUACAACGUUAUCCUCUUCGACAGCAUUAAAGAUUCGAUAAAUGAACAUGCAGUUUUAUACGGAUGUAUUAUGAGAUGCUACGAUCUGCUCGCAUCUAGUUUUAGUAAUCUGAAAAAAGCAGAAAUCAUUAAUUAUAAAAGCAAGUUUGACAAGAAUUGGCCUUUUGCUCGUUCUUAUGUUUGUAAACCGAAUGUAACUAUGUUAAGUUUGGCUGAAAAUGUAAAGCUAUUUAAGGAAUACCUCUUAAAGGAAACCAAACAUGCAAUAGAUCUUCUCAAAAAGAAUAAAACUAAUAAAUCGGCGUAUCAACUCUUGCUGGAGAUUGUAUUUUGUACGAUGGCGCUUUUCAAUAGAUUAAAAAUUGGCGAAAUUGCAACAUUACCUUAUCAAUUAUUUAUUGAAAAUAGUUUUGAAAAUAUUAAGUCCGAGAAAUGUAAUAAACUCACUGAACAAGUUUUAUCUAGGCGUAUAAAAAAAGUAACACUAAAGAAAAAAAAAUUACGUGUUUUGUUUACAUCUGAACUUGAACAAUAUAUAAGACUUCUUUUAAAUUUAAGAGCAAAUUAUGUGUCAGUACCGCCAAACGAUUAUCUAUUUUUUCAACUAGAUUCUGAAACUCCAAUUUCUGCACACAGUGUAAUGGAGAAACAUCUAAAUAGGUCGGAAAUACCGAAUACAAAUGUGAUGGUUUCGUCAAACUUGCAAGAAUCUAUUGUAAGUCUUAUGCACAUUCUACAUAUGAGUACUAGUGAUAUACGUCGUUUAAUGUCGUUGAUGGGGCUGGUACCCAGUGAUGAUGAUAAUUAUCAGAAUGACGACUUGCUUAAAAUUGCUAAUUUAGCCAAAAUUCUUACUAAAAUCGAACAGGGUGGAGACGACAAGUUUUUAGGAAAGACUUUAAAUAAUAUAUCAGUAAAUAUAGAUGAAAGCCUACUACCUAAUAUUGAAAUAAAAAAUCUGAGAACAAGGUUAAUAAAUAAGCUGGCAAAUAUGAAAAACACCAACACCAAGAAAAAAGGAUCAAAGAAAAAUAAAUAGGAUAGCCUUUAGUAAAAUGCAAAAAAGAUUAGUUUAAGAAUUAUUAAAAAAUGUAUUUUUUACCUUAUUUAUGAAAAUAAGUCUAGGGCCUAGGGUAUAUUAUAUUUUUAAAAAGCUCAUGAAAAUUAAAUUUUUAUCACACAGAUUUUUUCUUGAGAAAAGUAUUGCAAAAACUUCCCAUUAAGUUUAUUACAAAUCAUGGUAAUUAAUUUUAAGUAAAACAUAUUAUGAGAUAUGUGUUUUUUUACUUACCCAAACUUUUAUUAUUAUUUUUACAUAUAGUUCAAACUCAAAUUCUUAAGUAUUGUAAGAAAUUCCCAUUAAGUUUAUUGCAAAUCAUGGUAAUUAAUUUUAAGUAAAACAUAUUAUGAGAUUUGUGUUUUUUUAUUUACCCAAAUUUUUCUUAUUAUUUUUACAUAUAGUAAAAACUCAAUUUUUUAGUAUUGUAAAAACUUCCCAUUAAGUUUAUUGCAAAUCAUGGUAAUUAAUUUUAAGUAAAACAUAUUAUGAGAUUGGU